AUGGGCUUAAAAUUCAAAAAUAGCCUUUUUUGUAAUAUAAUAGCUGCAAUCUGCUUAACUGUGUAUCUAAAAAGAGCCAAUUCUUAAAAUAUUAGGUAAUUAAUUGAUUAACCUAUAGCAGGCCUAUGUAGCACUGAUGUUUUGACUAAUUCAGAUGUUUUAUUAUUUAACUAAGCAGGAAAUUAAAUUCCAAAAUCCUAAGUAGCUGGAGAUUAAAACUUUUCAAUAAAAUUCCUGGCUAACUUACAAAGUAAUUCAGCAACUAGCAGCUGGUAGAGAAUAUUAGCAUUGAAAGAUGGUAAUGGAAAUAUGAUAUAUGAAUUAUUGAUACAAAAUGAUCUAAGUAAUGUCAAAAUGAGACUAAAUUAAGUAGAUUCAAACAGCCUUGAUGUUUCUAAUCUAAAUCUAAAUGGUAAAAAUAGUAUGUUUGAUUUAUCUUUUUAGCAAAGCGCGAUAGUCUUGAAUAUUUAUGACUCUUCUUUUUCUAAUGCUCUCACUUUAAAUGUUAAUAAUCCUCCAACGUACGAUAUAACAAUUAUUAACUUAAUUCUACUUAAUAUUUCUGAUGGAAAUUCUAUAUAUAAUAUGUGUGGAUCAAUACAAAAUGUAGUUUUUGUAGCUGGAACAUAGAAUUCAAAUGACUCUUAUGACCUAAAAGAUUUAGUAAAGUAUUAAGGCUAAGCUAGGCUCCUUCUCCACUAUGAUUUUUAGUUGUAUUCAGGGAAUAUUGUUACUGAUCUAAGCGGCUACAGGAAUAAUGGAAUGCUGAGUGAGUUUUCAACUCCUUAGGUGCAAUUAAGCUCUAGAGGAAUACUCUCUUUUUAAGGUUAUAGCUAACUUUAAGUAUCGCCUUUCAAGUUUGCAAACAGUUAAUACCCAAGUAGCUUCACAAUAUCUAUGCAAUUAAGAGUUAAUACAUAUUUAAAUAAUAUGGCGUUCUUUCAAAGAUUAAGCAAAUUUAAUCAAUAACAGCUAUUAACAGUUCAGCUGUUAACAACAGGAAGCAACAAUUAAUUUUAAAUUUAAGUUUGUUUAUCUAAUAACUCUGAUUGUGUAAAAACCUCCUUAACUCUACUAAAUUUAGGUUAAUUCCAUAGAUUAAUUAUGGUGUUCAAGUAAAACCCUAACUUAGUAACAAGCUCACAGUAAAUUGAUUUCUAUUUAGAUGAUAAUUCUUUUGAGAAUCUAUCAUUCACUUCUACUGUAUAUUAAGAAGAUAGUUCAGAUUAAAUUAUUUUCAGUACAACUUAAGGAAGUUUUGAUUUAGGAUUUUUCUCUGUAUCAAGUGGAGUUUAUGUUAAUAAAGUCAAUCAACUAGUUAGCAAUUGCGCAAUAGUAAUAGGGUCUGAGUAACCAAUUUGCUUUACAUGUUAGGGUGCUUAUUAUAGGUAUGAAGGAAAUUGUUUACCUUCAUCUUCAACUACAGAUUUAAAUAAUAACUAACUUUAAUAAAAUUCAAUAAUCUUAAGUUUCGUUAAACUAUGCGAUAAGAAGUGCCAAACCUGUAAUCCUUUAUAACCAUCACAAUGCUAUACUUGUUCAACGGAUAGAAUAAACAACCCUCCAAGAUGUUAAUGCCCUUCUCACACUUUUGAUUUACCAGAAACUUCAUAUUGUCCAUCAUUUGUAGCCAAUAAGAGAUUAAAUAUUGGAGAGAUUUAAGUUACUUAAAGCAGUUCUUUAACCUAUAGCUAGAGAGUGAUAUUUAGAUAUCCUUUGAAUUGUACCCCAAUGAUAUAACUAAGCAUUGUUAACGUCUAAGAAAACUAUCAUGCCUCCUCUUAGACCCAAUCUGUAAUGAUGUAUGCAGAUGAGCCUACAUCAAAUUCAUUUUUAUUAAAUGUUUUAUUUUAAGGCAAACUUUAAAGUCUAGCUAUUAAGUAUAUUGCUAGCUGUGAUCCCAAUAUUCAAGAUGGCGGAUAAGUUAUUUGGAAUUCAUCUACAAGUAUUCCUGUUUCUAGAAAUAAGUAUGUUUUCAGCAUAACCCCUUAGUUAAGUACAUAGAGCAUUAUACUAUUCAUUUAGGGUUAUACUAAAUCUAUGAAUUCUUAACAAUAACCAUUCAAUUUGAUUUCUUGCCAGUUCAACUCAUCUACAAAUAAUAUAGAAUGCUAAAUUACAAAUGAUUACUAUUCUUAAUUGGCUAUUGGAUGGAUAGGAAUAGGGAAUAAUUUGUAAAUGCCAUCAACAAUUUAUAGCACAUAAAUAAACAGUAAUUCAAACAUUUAUUUUGACAAUAUGACAGGUCAAAAAAAUCUAUAGCAGUAAUUAAAUUUGGGUGCUGUUAAAUAUAUUCCUAAUAAUUUGAAUUGGUUCGGUGGAAUCAACAGCUUUGUGUAUAAUGGAGUUAUUUCAUUCGGGCUAUCUGAGUAAUAUAAUCCUGUAAUGUAGAUUUUAUCUUAAAACAUAUAAAUAAAUUCUUAAACCUCAGUCAAUUAACAAGGGUUAGUAGCUUCAGCCAUUUUUAAUUCUAUAUUAUGCCCUAAUUACUGCCAAAUAUGUUAGCCAGAUGAUCCCUAUAAAUGUGUCUAAUGUAAUAUGCCAAUUAACUAAUGUACUUUAGACUUAAGUACUUGUAAAGGAUAAGAUCUCUAAAAUAAUUAGUAAAAUUAAGUAUAUUGUAGUGAUAUUUAUGGAUUAUGCUAAUCCGUAACAAGUGGUAAGUGCUAAAUUUGCCCUUUAAAUUACAUAAUGCUAAGUUCAGGAAACUGUUAAUAAGUACAAAGCACUGCUUUAGGCUAUAGUUAUAAAGAUUACACAUAGAUUAAUUUUUAGAAUAAAAAUUUUUUAGAAUGUGAUAUAAAUUGCACUUCUUGCAUCCCCUCUUUCUAGAACCCCAGCUAGUUUAUCUGCACGGUAUGUAGAUAUGGAUUCUACUUACUUCCAAACAUGUUAAAUUGUGUUGCUUGCCCGAUGUUUGACUAAAAUUCUUAGAUAUGUUCUAAUAAUUGCAAGUAUACUUGUUUGAAUUGUCUUCUUUAGGAUUAACUUUGGGUUGGCAAUAUGUAAUGUACUUAAUUUGUGGAUUAGUCAAAUAACUUAAAUCAGUUAGGUGUUUAGUAUUUCUAAAUUGUUGGAAACUCUCUUUAAAUUAACCCUUAAAGUCCCUGCUCUUAAGGUUGUGCAGCUUGCAACAAAGAUGGAACAUGCAUCUAAUGCUAGUCUGGAUAUUCACUAUAAAGUAAUGGAACAUGUGUAAAGUGUGGAAACAAUUGCUUAUAAUGUUAACAGUUAUAUUCUGGAAAUCAAUAAGUUUUGAUAUGUACUUAGUGCAUGUAAGGUAGCUCGAUCGACAUUUAGAAUUCUUCCUAAUGUUUGAAAUGCUCAUUAACAUGUGCAAGUUGUGAUACAUAUUCUGAUUUACUAGGAAUUAACUUAAUAGAAUACACGAUGAACUAAUUUAAUUAAUUUUUUAACAUCUUAUUUGAUAAAAGCUCAUUUAUACAAAGAUGUUUGAGUUGCAUAGACAUAAACAGCAUAGUAUCUGCAGAUGGGUAAAACUGUGUGAGCAAAAUUUAAAAUUGUUAAUUCGAUGCAUUUGGAACCUAAGCGAUGCCUAUGACUUAUUAACAAUACUUCAAUUUAACUUUAGUUAGUCAAGCUACUACUUCUCACCUUUGCUAUUAAUGUGUUUAAGGAUAUACUCUUUCUAGUGAUUAAAAAUCUUGUGUUUAGGGUUGUUCAAUUACUAAUUGCUAAAGUUGUGCUUAAAACUAAUAAGGUAAAGUCUACUGCUAAAUAUGUCAAAAUGGAAUGUAUUAUGAUAAUACAUAGAAUUUAUGUACAGGGAGCUGCUUAAAUAACUUAUUUAACUGUUAACUUUGUAAUAAAAAAACAGGAAACUCUGCAACAACAACAUCUUACAACUAGUGCCUGUAGUGUUCAUAAGGAUUUUAUGAUUACUAAAACUCUUAAAAUUGUAUGAAUGAGUGUGCUUUAUGUAAUGUUUACACAAAGAAAUGCCUGAUGUGCAAGCAAGGAUAUUAUUUAAAUGAUAGCAAUAUAUGUGUCAAUAGUUAAAGUGGAAAUAUAGAUUACCUUAACAAAGUUUAGCCUACUCUUUUAACAGUAAAUAUACCAAGCAUUUCUGGCUGUAAAAGCUGCCCAUAAUUCUGUCAAAGCUGCUACGAAGGAAAUAAAUAUUUCAGCUUUACAAGUUAUUUAACUUAGUUUAGUACGGUUUUGACCGAUAGUUAGAGAAUAGAUUAUCUAAAAAUGUUCUCAGCAUCUGUUAUAUGUACUUAAUGCAUGCAAGGUUAUAUUUUAAAUUAGUCUCUAUAAAUUUGUGAGCCUAUUUGUGGUAACUCUUGCAAUUAAUGUGUUUCUUAAUAAAUUUCCCCUACAGUUACAUACGCCAAGUGUUUGAGUUGCACCAAUUCUAAUGGUUACAUUCUUACAUAAGAUUAUUUGAAUUUCUUAAACUCUCAAUUCUAUCUAACAUCAACAAAUUAAAUCACAGUUGAUGUUAAUUUCUUAAUAAACCCAAGUUCCAACCAAUAGGAUUGCUAAUUAUGUCCCCUUACUUGUUAAACAUGCAUAUACACUGGAAAUCAAAGUUCAAGUAUGAGUCAGUAAAUAGAUUUUAACAUUUAUUAAAGCUAAUGCUUAAAUUGCAGAUAAAAUGUAAUAGUGCAAUCUAGUUCUAUUUUAUCUGAAUAUUUAAUAAAAAAACCAAUUAUCAUGUAUAAUUAAGCUAUUUAAAAAUGUGUAAUUGCUGAUUCUUAAAUGGGCUUUGCAAGCCAAAUUACAAAAGAUUAUUUCGUAAUUUGUGGUACUUAAUUCGACCUUAAUUAUGUAGGAAGUGGUACUCCAUAAGAUCCAUUCAUUUUUGAAAACUUAAUAGCAUAGUCUUAAGAUUUAUUUCUCCCAUUCAAUACUAAUUAAAGUGAUAUUCUUAUGCACUAAUACAUCUUAAAUGAAAUAGGUGUUAUAAAUAUUUCAAUUAAUAUUUAUUUCAAUUAAAAUGGAGUUUGCAAGAUGAAUAGUAUGAAUUUGAUUAGCAAUUUAUACUAAAAUGUUAACAGCUUAAAAAACUACAAUUUAUAAUUAAAUUCCUACAUCAUUUAAAAUGGAAAGUUGAAAUUACAAAAUGGCAAUGCUAUUUUUAACUUAGGGUAAAAUAUGGUCAUAUAAGGGUUCAAUUAAGUGAAUAUAUUAAACAUUUAAUUUUAGAAUAAUGGUAUUAAAGUUAUGCUAAACACAAAGUUAGAUAAUACUCAACAAGAUCUUUCUCUUGAAUUGCAAAAUGUUUAGUUUAUUUAAUCCAACAACAUCAAUAAUACUAACUCAUUGAUAUAUUUAGCUUAGAUUCCAUAAAAUUUAAAUUUGAUAAAUGUGAUAUUUUAAAACAAAAUCUAGCAAUUAAAUGAUUUUAUACAAAUAGGACAAAUCUAUAAUGGGUAUAUUGAUUCUUUCUUCAACAUUAAUAUCUAAAAUUUAGUCAUUAGCAACUGCAUGCUUUCAUAGCAAGCUUCAUUGAUCUCAAUACCAUUAGCAACUUAAUUUAGCAUAGCAGUACAAAAUAUCACUAUUUCACAAAGCUAAUUUCUUUCGGGCGCAACAUUUAUGAGCCAAUCUUCUUCAAUUUCAUUAGAAUCAUAGAUUUUUUAAUUACCAAGCUUGACUCAAGCAUCUUUUUCUUAGAUUUUAUUAUAAAAUUCUAUUUUGUCUGAUGUUUAAGGUUUGAUUGGUUUCUUUUUAAUUUAAUAACUAAAUAUUUAAGGAGUUGUUAUUUAAAAUUGUACCCUUAAUAAUACUUCUGUUUUCUAGUCAAGCAAAAUGUCCUUAACCAACUUGAAUAUCUUUUAAAAUCUUCUUAAUAUGACUUAUUUUAUCAACACUAUAACAAUUAAUGUAGCACAAAUUUAAACAUUGAGCUCAAACUCAUUAGCCUUCAACAUUUAAAAUAUAAAUUUUCAAAGUAAUAACAUUACUAUGCCAGUAACAACCAAUACAAAUAGUUAUGGUAUCCUUAUUAAUAUUGGGCUAUUCACUAUGAUAUAUUCAUAAACUCAGGUAGCAGUUUCUGGAGUGCUUAUUUCCAAAAAUCUGUUUUUAAAUCCUUAUUUGUAAGAAGGUUCAUACAUUUUGAUCUAAUCCUUCUAUAAUGUCAACUUAUCUGGUGUCUAAGUAAUUAAUAAUGACAACAUACCAAUUAUUUAAAUAAAAAAUACUAUGACCACUCUAAUAAACAAUAUAGCUAUUCAAAAUGACAUCUUGAGUUAAAUGAGCUUUUCAAUAAUGUAGAUUAUCAAUCCUAGGUAGUAUUUAUAGAUAAAUAAUAUAACUUCUAUAAAUUGCAAUUAUGUCUAAAGUGCUAUUUAAUUGAUUACUAAUAAUGAGAAUUACUUUUAUAAUUCAGCUAAUUAAAUUUCUCUUUAACAAAUAACUGUAUUAGUGAGUAAUUUAAAUAUCAGUCUUAGUUAGUUAAAUUUAUCAAGAUAAUUUUCAUAAAUUUCUUUAAUUUGUGUCAAUGCUUAGUCUUCUUAGCUAUAACUUACUUUUUCACAGAUAAUUUUAUAGAAUAACAUAUAUGUCAAUCCGAACAAUCAAUAAAGCUUAAGCAGUAACUUAGGUUUGAUGAUUCAAUCCUUGUUUUCUACAGUUACAAUUAAUAAUAGUUCAUUUAUAAAUAACCAAUACCCUACUUCUUAAAUUGGUUUAAUUUAUUCUGAAGUGUAUUCAUUAAUUAUUUAAAAUUCUAACUUUACAAAUAAUAACUUCAACCCUAGUUCAAAAGUGAAUGCAUUUUAAACCUAUGGUGGAAUUGGUUAUUUAAUCGUGGUGAAUUCUCUACUCAUCAACAACUCUUAUAUACAAAACACAUAGGCCUUUUAAGGAGGUUGUUUUAGCGUAUUUCCAAACAACUUAGCUACCAUGUAAAUUUAAAACUCAGUUAUCUAAGGUUGUUACUCAGAGUAAAGCUCUGGUGGUUUUAUGUAUGUAAAUUCAAUCAUUCAACAAAGUAUUACGAUUUAGGCAAUUAACACCUAAUUUAUCUAAAACUACGCUUAUCAAGACUCUGCCAUCUUUUUCAUUUUGCCCGUAAAUAAUCUUUAAAUGCAGAUACUUUCCUGCACUUUCAGCAAUAAUUAUGCACACAACGGGAAAAUAAUUCUCUAUCAGAUAACUAAUAUCCAAGGUAACUAGUAGACUAAAAUUUUACUGAGUUAGUCUUAAUUUACUGAAGACUAAAAUGUAAUGAAUCAAUUAAGCAAAAGAGCAAACUCAUAAAUAAAUUAGCAGUAUAAUUUAUUCUAUUUGAUAUAUCUCUCGGUUUUUAAUAUAACUUAGUGUACCUUUUAGAUUUAGAAUAGCUAAAUUAUUUUUAUAAAUAAUGCCAUCAGUCAUUUCAUUUAAAAUACCACAAUAUCUAUGAACCAAGAUUUAAGUUCUAACUCUUUGUUUAACUACACAAAAUUAUAAUCAAUAUAAUAUGAAAACAUGAAUGUGCAAAGGGCUUAGCUUAGCUAAUAAAUUUAUUGCUCUAUCUGCUUGUUCUAGAUUUCUAAUUUACAAAUAAUAUCAAGUUAAUUUAGCAAUAUUUAAUGUGUAAAUUGUGUAAGUGGGAACGUUUAUAUAUUUUCAGAUUCUUUAACAAUCAAUAAUUCCUUGUUUUAAAACAACACAUCUCAGAAUGGAGGUUCAUUAUAUUUACAGUAAAUAGGUAUGCAGUCAAUGCCAGUAAUUUAAAACUGCUAAUUUUUUUCAAAUAAAGCACUUAAGAGCGGAGGCUCUAUGUAUUUAAAUAGUGUGCAGAAUUUAGUUAUUAACAACACUUUAAUUUCAUCUAAUUAAGCCUUUUUAGGAGGAGGAAUAUAUGUGGACAACUAUGCAUUUACUUUAUAAUAUUCUUAACUAUACAACAAUUAUGCUUAAGUAGGAGGUGGUAUAUAUGGCAACAAUAUCCUACCAAGAUUUCAAUCAAUAAAAUAUUAAAAUAUAAUAUCAAAUAAUUAAGCUUAAUAAUAUGGAAAAGAUUAUUAUGCAUUUCCCUAAAAAUUAAAACUCAUAAAUCCAAGCACUUACUAAAUUAAUGACACAGAUUCAAUAACAGUAUCAAGUGGAAAUAUGGCAGAAAGCUUUUAUUUGGCUUUUCUAGAUUAAGAUAAUGUUGUUAUAAAGCAAAUAUACACAGUUAGUCCUUAAAUAACAGAUCCUUACUUAGUUUCAAUAAAUAUCACUAAUUCAACAAGUAAAGAGAUAAAAAUAGACAAAAUAACAGCAUAAAUGUAAAAUGGAUAUGGAGGUUUGAUUAAUUUUUCAGAAUCGAAAUUAACAGUGAAAUAAUUAAAUAAAAAUGUCAGUCUAACUAUUUAUUCAAGCCUAAUGUAACAAGUUAAAAACAUAACAAAUUAUGAAUAUAAUUUAAAUGUCGAAUUCCGCCCUUGUAUUUUAGGAGAAGAAUAAAAACCAGACUAAGAUGGUUUUUAAACCUGCUAAACUUGUCGAUCAGGUAGUUUCUCUUUGGUUGCAGGAGAAUCAUGCAGAGAAUGCCCUUACUUUAGUGACGGUUCAGCAGCUGUUUGUGAUGGUGGCUCUUAAGUGAGACUUCCACCAGGAUAUUGGAGAUCAGAUUAAAGUAGCUAUGAUAUAUUCUAUUGUGAGAGUAAACCAGAAAACUGUGUUGGAAACAGACUCGGAGAUUUCGAUCAAAACAAAUUAGAUUUUUAUUGCGAUUAAGGAUACAUAGGAGCAUUAUGUGAAGUAUGCGAUACAGAUGGUUCAGUGUGGGGAUAAAGAUAUGGCUAAAAAUCAAAUUUCAUUUGCACUCUUUGUUCAGACACUAAGUCAAGUACAUCGUCUUCCAUUUUAUUGUCAUUCCUUAUAAUCAUAAUAAUCGCAUUCACUGUUUCAAAAACGCUUAAACUUAUAACAACAUCUGUUUACUUUGAUAUGCUAGUGGAAUGUAACGCUAUUGUUAGUAGUAAAGGAAGUUAUUCUUUAGAUUUCGCAGCUAUUUAUGUUAAACUGUUCAUUCAUUACUUUUCCUUAAUUGUAUUUUUACUGUAAUUUAAUUUGGAUGUGCAAGGUGAUUUGUAAACUGCAUCGAACUAUGUUGCUAAUCCUUUAUAAGGAAUAAUAUUUAGCUUAGAUUGCUAACUCUCAAAGAGAAACUAAAACAUGCCUUUAGUUUAUUAUAAAUUUAGUUGGAUGAUUAUAAUACCUUUUAUUUUAUUCAUUCUUUAUAUUUCCUUUUGCUUUAUCUUGAAAGUAUUAAGGUUGCAUAGAAUACCCAUGAAAUUCUUGACAUCAAUAGGAUUAGCCUUUAGUUUUAUUUUCUUCCAUUCUCCUGUUGUCAGUUCUGCAAGCGGAUUAACUUUCUGUAGGAAAUUUGGAUAGAAUAAAUAUAUUCUAAGCAACUUAUCUAUGGAAUGCUACACAAGUGAGCAUUUAUACUAUAUCAGUAAUCUUAUCGUUCCAACUCUAGUAAUAGUGUCUGUAAUUAUUCCAUUAGGAGUAUUUGCUCUAAUGAAUAAAAACAGGAAAAGACUGAAAAAAAUAUCUGUAAGAUUUGAUUAUAGUUUGUUUAGCUUGGGUUACACUGAAAAGUUCUACUACUGGGAACUUUUAAAAUUAGAAACAAGGGUUAUAAUGAUUCUAAUUAUGAAUAUUUUCUACUCUAAUAUAGCUAUUAAAGGAAUAUUGGUCUUACUCAUAAACAUCAUAUAUAGUUAUGUUGUUAGCAAGAUAAAUCCUUAUAUAAGAGGUCAAUUGAAUUAAGCUGAAAUAAAGGUCAAUAAUGUAAUAGGCUUUAGUCUCAUUUUAGGUGUGCUACUAAAUAAUGAUGAAUACAGAGCAAUAAGAAUUUUAUCCUAUAUAGUGUUAGCCUUAGUGAAUUCUUUCAUCGUUUUAUAUUUACUAUCAAAUAUUUUUAUUACCUUGAAUCAUUAUAUCAAAAAAUUCCUCUUUUACUUAAAAGAAAAUUUCCCAUACUUAAAAUCCAUCAUCAAAGUUAGUUAUGCUGACCAUGAUAAAAUAAAUAGACUUUGGAGAAGACUUUCAAGGUAUAUAGUUAGAUAUUAAUUUAGGAGACGUGAAGAUAAAAAUUGCUCCUUUUACAAGGGAGAUAAGCUUGAUUCUAAAGAGUUAAGUAUAUUCACAUAAGAUAAAGAUUAACCAACCAGAUUUACAUUAAGCUAAUCCCUCAAAAAGAGAGCCUUAUUAAUAUAGUCAUAAAUUUAUUAAAGGUUAGGGAAUAAAGAUUUAGCUCUAAUAUGUAAGCUCAAAUCAGACGCAAUAACAGGAAUUCAAUAAGAAGAUGCUAAAGGAUUCUUCGUGCCUACAACAAUAAGAUAACCUAAAUUGUAUUCUAAUAUGCCUAAGUCACCACAAAUCUAACAAAAAAUAAAUGAAAGUAUUAGAAAUUCUCAAAAAUAUAUUAAAUGA